CCCAAAUCUUUUCUAGUCCAGUCCCUUUACAUGUUCGGUUGACAUCAAAUUGAAGGUUUCCAAAUUCAGACCCAAACACCGCCAAUUUUUUCAAUAUAUGACGGCGGAGUUCAUUUUGUCAAAAGUGGAUUGAACGACGACCAGACGACCAGUCAACUUUCUCCCAACAUUGCGAUCUGCCAAUUCCCAGUCUAGGAUAAUCGGUUUAGACUACAACAACUGAACUGAGAUUUGAUCAUACUGGGGAAAAUGGGGGCACGUGUACAAUGGGAUGAGGCAAAUUUGGGAGAAAUUGAGGCAAAUAAACCAGUGAGGCAGAAAAUAACUGAACCAAAGACACCAUAUCACCGCAUGACCGAUGAUGAUGAUGGAUCUCUGUCUUCUCUGUGGGAUAGUUUUGAGGAGGCCAAUGGUGAUGCAAUACACUCAGAAGUCAUAUCCAGUGAAUUGGAUGACAUGGCUUCUUCCAGUGGAAAUAAAUCCAGGCAGUCUGGCUGGACAUCUUCGGAGGAUGAGGCUGAUAUUAUGGACCAAGAUGACGAAGAUUCUGGUUCAGAAAGGAGCAAGAGCUUUAGGGAGCACAGGCGAGCACACUAUGACGAAUAUAGAAAAAUCAAAGAACUGCAUCGAACGGGCUCCUCUCUUGAAGAAGCAUCUGAUGAUGAGAUUGGGAAUCUUGAGGAAAGGGAUGGGAGAUGUAAUACAUCACCGUCAUUGAUGGCUGCUGUUAAGGGCAUUGACAUUGCGGAAGGAAGCACAGACGCUUCCAAAUAGUCCUCUGUCCCAGCCAAUUGAAUAUGGAUCGCCCCGAAAAAGUACAUUAUUAAUAUCAUCGUAUUUCCAAGAAGGUUGUUAUUACAACCCAGUGUUUUGGUUUUGAUAUGUUCACUUUUGCUUGUAAGUUGUAUAUAGGUGGUUUCAAGUUCACGCAUGGGAUGAACAUCUUCCAUUUGGUGGCUGCCAUAACUUUCCGCUGGAAAAUAUUGUGAAAUCACAAACUAAGAUUUUCGACUGUGAUACUGUUGUUUCAUAGUUGUCAUUGUUGACAUUUUUGAUUGCUGAAUCUGCUCUCAGUUAUCUGGGAAUCAGAGUCAUGAGAGUAGUAAGUUUGUGACAGCUUUGGGCCUUUUCUUUUCUACUUGUGCUGAGUUUCCUGAAAUUAGACAAGGUUGUAUAAUUUGUAAACCAUAUAAUUGUUGUUGAAACAGAAUACUUCGAAGCCACAAGCAGAGUGCUUGAAUGCAUACUAGCGUGUAUACUUUUGUAAACUAUAGAAUUGUUGAAAUACGACAUAUCGGAGCCAUUUUCCAUGCUUAA